UGGUUCUUUGUGCGGUGAGUCUGUGGGUCUGUCAUCCCCAGGUUGGUGGGCCUAGCCUGAUGACGUCAUCACAAGGGAGCAACGCCAUUGGCCAGGCCGGCAUGUUGACGUCGCAAGGGAGCAAUGCCAUUGGACAGCAGGGCAUGUCCGCUGACUCGAGAACAGCCUAUCAGACGGCGAGAGGAUCGCCCCAGAAUGACAUGUCACAGACCGCCUAUGGAUCGGUCCGGACUGGAACAUCUCAUGAUGGUAAAGUUGAGAGCCAGUCACUGCUGGUAUCAAUGGGCGCAUCACUCGCUCCCAAUGCAGCAGCAGAGCUCGCCUCUCACACCAGCGCGCUGUCGAGCCACAGUUCCGCGGGCAUCAUGGCGGCCGCGGCAGCGUCUGGCCUGCACAUCAGCAGCCCGGCGCUUUGCUCCACAGCUCCCGCAGUCAACACCCAGCCCGUGGUACCGGAGCCCCUCUACGGGAGCCACCCGGGCGUGGGCAUGAGCGGGGGCCUAGGCUGUGGGCCCAGCCCGGCCACGGCCUUCUCCUCCUCCUCCGCCUCCUCCUCCUCGGCCUCCUCCUCCUCCACGCUGGGCCCCUCGCAGCACCCGGCCCUCAACAGCAGCUCCACGGCCUCCAUCUCCUCGUCCGUCAACUCCUCCUCGUCCUGCUCCUCCUCCUCCUCCUCCUCCGCCGCCGUCUCCGCCGUCAACUCGUCGCUCUCCUCGGCGGGGAGGCAGCCUGCGGCCGCCACGUCCGGCAAGGCCCCCCCAAAUCUGCCGCCCGGAGUGCCCCCAAUGCUGCCCAACCAGUACAUCAUGGGUCCUGGGGGUCUACUGCCGGCCUACCCGCCUCAGAUCUACGGCUAUGAUGAGCUGCAGAUGAUCCAGGCGAGAAUGCCCAUCGACUACUAUGGGAUGGCGUUCACUCCAAUGCUGUCCAGUCGGGAGGCCACUCUCCCUGGCUCCUCCUACACAGGUGAGAGGCAGCCCGUGGUGAGG